AUGGGUUGUUUGUGGAGGUCUGGGAAGUCUAGACUUGUAGGCGCAAUUCGAGAUGCAACGAGUAGCACAGAGAGAGUUGAGCUAAAACCAAGCAACAUCACAUCUGUUCAUGCAUGGAACGCUUGGGUCAAGAGUAGGACUAGCAAAGCUUUUCAGGAGAAAAGCGAUUGGUACAGGGGAUUGAGGAGGGCUCAGAUACCACACACCACUAGUCGCAAAGGAAUGCAUCGCCCAGCCCAUGAAAUGGUCAAUAGGAGUAAGGUUUGGAUUGCAGGACAUACUCAUUCCGAUGGUAGGCCUGUGAGGCCUGAGUUUGCUGACACAUUUGAACAAAUACAAACUCUUGAUAGUCAAAUGGACUCUACAUCAGGUGAUAAUGUAAGAGAAAAUGCCGUGAGUAAGAUUCUGGGUAAAGACAAACCUGGACGACUCAGAGGUAUGGGUAGAGGGAUCACUGCAACGAAGCUAGCAUUUGUUCAAGCUAGAGACUCAAGAAUUGAAGAAUUGCAAACCGAGGUUCAAGACUUGAAGAAAUUUUUCCGUGACUUAGCUGGAAAUAACGGAAACCCUGGGGAUAUGGCUUCUCAAAACGAAGUUGGUGAUCUCAACCGAGGAGUAAAAUGUCAGAUAUUGGCUUGGUAUGCGAAUGAAGAUGUUGUUGUUGCAGAGGGAGAAUUUUGUUCUGCUGAUAAAGAUUACAAGAUUGGUCAAAUUUCUAUUGGUCGUAACCCUGCUGCAGUAAUCAUCAAGACUGUUUUAGACCCAGAAGCAGGUAUUUGGCGUCCAACAGCGAAAAUGUACACACUUGGAGAUGCUGUGGGAGCCAAAAUUCCGUGGCCUAAUGACAAACUGAUACUGAACGUCAAUGACAGUAACAUGGAUCCAAGGAUAGUAGUACUGAUGUCGGAAUUGAAAGUUGUUGCCGAGGGUGUAACCAUUUCCACUAACCCGAAAGAGCUGAUUAACGAGAUUUUUUUGGGUCGGUUUGCUGCUAUUGUGAAAGUUGAUCUUGUGAUAAACUUUGAAGCUUCUUUAUGGAGACCAACUGCGGAAAUGGUUUUGAUGGGUGAUGCACUUAAUGCAAAUAUCGCAUGGCCAAUCAAUAGGAUAGAGCCGAGGACUAAACCAGCCGAUGAAGCAUCUGCAGGGGAACAAGUAUCUUCACGGGAAGCAGUAAUGAGAAGAUCCUCUCAGAGUACAAGUUACAGCACGUCUACAACCAAAAGUCCAAAGCAGAAGUGCAUAUUACUAGAUUGCAAUAACUCUGGACGCACAGUAGCUGAAGGCAAAGUGUGUUCUACCAAUCCAACGGAUCAUGUCCAUCACGUUCCAUUAGGGGAAAAUGUCAGCAAGGUCUGGGUAGAGGUUGUCAAGAUUGGUGAAGCAGCUGUGUGCAGACCAAAUUAG